AUGAGAUUGAUUAGCCUCAUCAUCUUCGUGGUAGGCGCCCUCGCGGCUGUGGCCUCCGCCGUCCCCCGUCCCGACUCUCCUCCCGUCUACGGCGCUCCUCCUCCGACCUACAAGCAGCCAGGAAUGCCCUUCGAGUUCGCCUACGCCGUCCAGGAUGACUACUCAGGCAACAACUACGCCCACCAGCAGACCAGCGACGGUCACGUCACCUCCGGAUCGUACAGCGUGGCUCUUCCCGACGGCCGAACCGAGAUCGUGGAAUUCACCGCCGAUCACGACAACGGCUACGUCGCCAACGUCGCCUACGAGGGGGUUGCUUUAAAAAAUUUCCCUUCUGGCGACGAGCAUAAGAGGGACUUCCUCAUUCAGCCGAGGCUUCACAGCUCACUCAGCUCCUCCGCGACCAAUAUGUCUGCGAAACCAGGAGUGCCCUUCAGUCCUGGCUACGCCCUCGGUGACUUGGGCAGCGACUACGCCCACGUCCAGACCAAUGGCAGAUCCGGAUCGUACAACGUGCCUGUUUACUGCGGCUCAGAUCGAUAA